AAGAAAAAAGCCACCGUCACACUGUGCGAUCCUUGGUCUCUGUCACUCGUUGUAGGUUUAUGUCGACUUCUGUGGGCUUCUACAGACUUGCAGACUGCGUAUCUCACGACCUGGACUUUCUGCACACCAGAAAAGGGGGGUCGUCAAGCAGACACCUCUUUCAGUUUCUUGGAGGGUUUGACGGAUAGAUGGAUUUUCCAUCUUUCGCUCAAAUCUCUCCUAACAUGCAGUCGGGAAUAUUUACUCGCCGAGGUCAGGAGCAGCGAGCUUGUUAGAAAUGCAGUCCAGUUUUGGGCGUUUGCCAACGACCAUGUCUUAUUCCGUGAAGUCCACACUGUGGCGAUGUGUCUCAGCUGCAUAUCAUUCCAUUAAGACAACAACGGUGUAAUUCUACUUAUAGAAAUCAAUGGCUCUGCCAUGAAAACCUGUGGCGAGUGCUCUUCUCACCGGUGUAAGAGGGACAGACAUGUCACGGGAGCUGAGAUUCACAGCCGAGGCGAUUACAGGCGACACCCGGUCUUCUAAAGAAGUCAUUUCCUCAGUUAGUGUUCCGUUCUGCGCCUUCUUCCAGUAUACAGUCUUGUUUUCAUUCCGAAUUCUUUUCUGAGUCACAUUAUGAGCUUCAUUCUAAUCUCGCGUUUCCCUGGGAAUUCCGUUCUGAGAUCCCUUGCCUGAGUUCGAGUCGGAGGAAUGGACACAGAGGUAGCUGGAGAUAGCGCAGAGGCGCUUUCGUCUCCUACGUCUGUGCACGAGGAGAAAAGCCAACGGUUCGCAGGCGCGCAAAGCACUUCUUGCCUUCCUAAGAGUGCGAAUUUGGGAAGAAGUUUCUGUGGCUCCGAAGCCCUGCGUCUGCCUCGCGCGCAUGCAGUUCGAAUCAUCAAAGGGGCACUACCCCCGAACGUCCGCCUGCACAGAAAAGCUGCUACAGCUCUCAUGAGAUGCUCAGCAAUCUUCUUGCUGGCGCUCGCGGAUGCUUCUUCUGCUGCAGGCGGAGGUAGCCGCAAAACAGUCGGAACUUCUGACGUCCUUGCGGGUUUGAGGUCAAUGGGUUUCGAUAAUGUGGCGGAAGAAAUCGAGGAGCACAUGCGGAGCGAGGCAGAAGGCGAGUCUCGAGAGGCCGCCAAAGCGGCGAGCUCGGGUGUGCAUACACCUGAUGAAAGCGGCGCGCGAGGUCCGGCGACCGAGGCUCAAAACACGAAACUAGAUGCACAAAGCGAAGACGCCUUGUCCUCAGAGGAAAGGGAAAAUGGGGGGAGGAGCCAAGAUGAGGAAACAUAUGAAGAUCUCGAGGACGAAGAACAGGAAACAGAUGCCUUGGAUGCUAUGAUGCAGGUUGUCGAUGGAGUCUUGGCAGAACGGGAGCCAUACUCGGACGGCCAGGCGGACCCUCUUUCGUCAAUCUCAAUCUGAGACAUCUGGAAAGCUGUGUCAACCGGCGGCGUGUCUCGACUCGCGUGCCUGAGUUUUUCGUGCAGAUGGCUAUUUUCCAUCGAUGCGAAAUGGGUGUGCUGGCUGCUGAGGCUUUCGGGAUGAACUUGAAGGGAAAAUGGUUGCUGCUCCACGAAGAUCCAAUCUGAAACUCACUGCAGUUUUACGAAGAUUUCGCUCGCGCGUGCCGACCAACUGCUUUGGGGUCAUUUUGAUCGCCAGGGUGGACUAGCGUUUCAGCACUGCUGCGUCUAGGGAGCGACCGAAUAAUUUCAGAGUUUAGCUUGCUGUACAACUCACUGGGUUCAGGGUUCUGUCACGCUAAUUGGCGCGCGACGACCGCUCGGCGCAAGUAAUUACAGUUCGGCAUACUACACGGAAACCAGGUAAAAAUAGAGUAUAUACUACUGCAGCCCACCAGUCAAACAGGCGCGUGUAUCGUGCUGUGGACAGAGUAUUCGAUAGUGCCAAUAUAAGGCGUGCAGCACACGUUUCUACUUAUUACAACCACGUCCUCAGGUGCUUAGUACCACGAGACUAAAUGUGUCACGGUCUAUAUCGCGACAUGGGAGAGAAAAAACGAGUACACGUCUGAACGGCGAAGAUCUUCUGCAUUAGCCACUUCUGUCAGCGGAACAGAAAGCCUCGGACUUUUUCUGACUACGGGAGGAGUGACCCUACGCUAAAGUCGGUGAAUGCUCUGAUAACCUGUUGACACUUCCGCCUGAGGUCUGGUGCACGAUUCACACCCAGCUUUUGUUCGGAAGAAAAAGUCAUUUUCCCAAGAAUUAACUUGACCUACUCGCUAGCACCAUUAGUGAACCUUUUGGGUCGGAUCGUCAGUCCGCAGUGACCUAAAUACAUCAAAGGAACUGCCGGCUUUGUACGCAGUAUAUGGUAACUUCUUACCACUCUGUAUCCGGGGUUCGGAACUCUUUUUCUCCUUUCCGAUGCCGUAUUUUAUGCAGUGGGAGAGCGAUAAUUCAUUUGCGUUUUCACCUCAGCGGCAAAUGAUAGCCCCAGAACUGGCGCACAAAGUUCGGGAGCGCAUCUCUGCUGUGAUUGGAACGCAUGUUCAUAGUGGAUUAGCAUACCUCUUCAGGCCAGUGACAAGCUGCUUGGAAACCGAGGGAAUGAUCAAACGUGCGACUCUCACUAGACAUAUCUUGUGUCCCUGUAAGCACGCAAGCACCGAACUCGGAAGU